AUGGCAACAUUUGACGACGAGAUUAAUGCUAUUUCAAAAGCUCUCGUCCGAAUGUCUGAUGAUGAUUCCAACUCAAAUGAACUGAAAAAAUUUCGAAAACUUUGGUGGGAUCAAGGAAACCUUCAUCCAAAGGCGUACUGGGUUCAUGCGAAGUAA